UCCAACGAGCAUUUCCUCCGCGUCAAAAUUAGUACCGAUGUUAUGUUCGUAUUUUUAACGUUUGUUAUCAAAUUUGUGAAGUUUGUGUCGUGAUAAUUGUUUAUAACGCGUGUUUUUUUCGCAUAGUGUCAAUAUAAUUUCACAUUUUCGAUACUAAAUCGAAUAACAAACCGACGCUUUUGCGUAUGAAUCGGACCGUGGCGUCAACCGGCUCUCAGCUGUUUCCCGCGCUCGCAGAAAACCGCUGUGAGGCUUACGUAGCGUUUGGUUAUCCCGCGCUCUGAAUUUUAUUAGUGUUCGAAUCGUUUUAUUAUUUAAGUUUACCGGUAAUAACAAUCUGUGAGUGAAUUUAGCCGUGAUGUCGGUUUAUAUUGAGGAUAGAGCAUUGUUCGAGGAGAACGGGGACGACAAGAAGGACAUUUUAGGAAACAUCGCAAGUCGAAUCAACAAAGGGGGCGAACCGCCCACGGCCGUGAUGGAUCAGGAGAAGCGCCUGCGCAGGGAGAUCGCCAACAGUAACGAGCGCAGGCGCAUGCAGAGCAUCAACAAUGGCUUCCAGUCGUUGCGCAGUUUACUACCCCACCACGAGGGAGAGAAGUUAAGCAAGGCUGCCAUUCUCCAACAGACAGCGGAAUACAUUUACUCUUUGGAGCAGGAAAAAACAAGACUUUUAUCGCAAAACUGCCAGCUGAAGCGUCUGGUUGGCCAGCACGAAGGUGGCGAACUACCUCCAAAGAAGCGCAUGAAGACGGAAUUGAUUAUUCCUACGAUUUCAGCGGAAUCAGCCGAUGAAGGUACGGGUUUGGGAUCGAUGUCUCCAGAACCAGUGAAGCUUAUCACACUUACAGUAAACUCCAAUAAAGCAGAAUCUCCGAGCGAAUUGAAGUUGGCGUUGGAAAGGGAGCGCAACAUGAGGGUGCUUCUCGAGGACCAGAUCAGGCAGCUCGAGCAACAACUGUUUCAGCACCAACAUCAGGCCGCACAAACCCAAAUCCAGUUCCUCGCCACGGAAGAAACCGAAGAGAUCGGUGGCCUCCAACUAGUGGCCGCCGACACCCUUCCGCCCGUCGGCCACACGCAGACGGUGGUUUGUUCGCCGCCAACGUCCAGGUGUUCCAGCCCCGAGCCCACGGCACUGGUCACGGUAGAGAGGCUACCCAGCGUCCUCGAAGCUGCCAUCAAAGCCGAACCUAAGGUGGAAGUGGAAAGGCUACCGUCGCCGAACAAUGCGUCAGCUGCCGGAGGUCACGAGGAAAUGUCAUCUGGAAGAAUCUACGCAGUGAGCAAUACAUCCAGACAGAAUCUGGAAACCAUCGUAGAAGCUAUCCGACAUCUAGAAGGCGAUCAUAUGUUUGACGAGCCUGCAGUGGGCGCCUCCGUCACGGUGACCACCACGCCGGCCACUCAGGACGCGCCGCUCGCUCUCACCACACGUACAGUCAGUUCCGAUGACACUUACGUCGAAUACAGCGCCGCUACUGUGCAGCAACACCAGCAGUCACGACCGGGGGUUAUUGUAGUCAAACAGGCAUCGUGAUCGAAUAUCAUCCGCUUUGCCAAGAUGCGCACUUGCCAGGUCCGUAGCACCAGCAAAGCGACCAUUGGCGGGGGCCAUCUUGCUGUCGAGCGCGACGGAUGAGCACAGUGGCGGCGGCGACGGUGGGUGAUGCGGCGGCAAGCGUCGACGUUGGAGGGGCAGAAGGGGGGCCCUUCACCCCGAAUUGUCAGUGUCAAAGUUGUUUAGUUUCCAUGUUCCGUUAAACAACCACACUACUACCGGCACCACCGCAACAACAACCAGUAACAAACAACAUCGUCGUUAUAAAUCUCGAACCGUGAGCCUUAGCAAAUUGUUAACAGAGGGCGUUUUUAGCGUUCGACGUUCGAAUUACUCUAAAGGCGCCGCUCUACCGACCCCGUUGUCGUUUUGACCGUGUCGUAUCCGUCUGUGACUGUCUGACGUAAAAGGGGAAUGAUGUUUAUAAUUUAGUUGACGUUUUUAAACAAAAAAAACUGUUCUUUGUGUAUGUACGUUUAUGUUUAUACAAAAGCUAGUUCUAAAAUAACCAGUUUUUGAUUUUAAAGAUUAAAAAAAUAUUGUAUUUUACCUUUUUGGACUUUAACAAAAUCUAAUGUA